CCCACGGCAACCCUCGGCCCUCUCGGCUCUCCUCCUCGUACUCUUCGUUCUCCAUCCAUCGCUUGCAAUCCAUCCUCCCCCUCCUCUUCUUCUUCUUGUCAUCUCUCUUGCCACCACUACUUGUCUCAACGCUACUACUACCCCACUCUAGGUCACUCUUCCAACACCCUAAUCUACUCCCCCCCUUCCCCCCAUCAUAAAAAAUGGGCCUCCUCGCCCUCGGCACCCCCCUCGACUGGCCCGACACCAAGCCUCUCGCAGAGCACAUCCGCAACCAUGGCAUCACCCAGUUCCUCAACACUUGGAAGCGCUGGAAGGACCGCUCCGGAGAGGGUCUCCUCUGGGGCGACGAGAUCGAGUACCUCGUCGCUUCCAUGGACACGGCCCAGCACAAAGCUUACCUGAGUCUCCGUCAGUCAGAGAUCCUCGAAAAGCUCCAGCACGCCACCGUCGACCCCGCGCUUGAAAAGGUCAAGCCCGAGUCUUGCCGAAAGAUGCCGACUUUCCACCCCGAGUACGGACGCUUCAUGAUCGAGUCGACGCCCGGAUGCCCCUACACCGGACAGCUGAGCGAUCUCGUAAAUGUCGAGUGCGACAUGCGGUUCCGGCGCAAGAUCAUCCGGUCGCACCUUCUUCCUCACGAGCUUCCGAUCACCCUCACGAGCUGGCCCCGCCUCGGCGUCGAGAACGCCCAGUUCACUGACCCCCCUUCCUACCCCGACCCCGAGCAUACCUCGAGCAAGAGCCAGUAUGUUGGUCAGCUGAUUACCAAUCCACACGCCCGCUUCCCCACCCUCACCGCCAACAUUCGUCAGCGGCGAGGCUCCCUCGUAGACAUCCGUCUGCCUCUCUUCAUCGAUGAGCACACGAAGCUGCCUGAGGGAUCCAAAGUUCCCCUAUCGAGGACUAACCCGAAAACUCCCGCCCGGCCUCAGCCCGGCACCCCGUACAUUCACAUGGACGCUAUGGGCUUUGGCAUGGGCUGUUGCUGCCUACAGAUUACAUUCCAGGCAUGGGACGUCGGAGAGGCGCGUUCGGUAUAUGAUGCGUUGGUACCUGUGGCGCCGAUUAUGCUUGCUCUCACGGCUGCCGCGCCCGCGUUCCGUGGACGACUGGCGGAUGUGGACGCCCGCUGGAACGUCAUCUCGGCUGCAGUCGACGACCGCACGGAAGAGGAGCGUGGGCUCAAGCCGCUCAAGGACAACAAGUACCGCAUCCCCAAGUCGCGGUACGACUCGGUCAGUCUCUACAUUGCCAACGACGAGCGCAACAAGCCAGAGUACUCGGACAUUUCCGCGCCGAUCAACGAAGGCGUGCGCCAGCGGCUGCUUGACGCUGGGCUGGACGACAAGCUCGCCUCUCACAUUGGCCACCUGUUCAUCCGCGACCCACUGGUGCAGUUCUCCGAGACGAUCGACCAGAACGAUGAGGAGAGCAUGGAUCACUUUGAGAACAUCCAGUCGACCAACUGGCAGACUGUGCGGUUCAAGCCACCCCCCGUCAACUCGGACAUUGGGUGGCGCGUCGAGUUCCGCCCCAUGGAAAUCCAGAUGACCGACUUUGAGAACGCGGCGUUCUCCAUCUUCAUCGUGUUGCUCACGCGGGCUAUCAUCAGCUUCAAGCUCAACUUCUACAUGCCCAUCUCGCAGGUUGACGAGAACAUGCAGCGUGCGCAGGAGCGCAACGCGGCCCGCGCCCAGUCCUUCUUCUUCCGCCGGCACGUCUUCCCGAACGAACUGUCGACGUACGACCUCGACUCGCGGCCGGUGAGCCCGCCGAGCGAGUCGCUCAAUGGAAGCAUGCACGAGGAGAACGGCUUCAGCAACGGGCACGGACACGGACACGGGCACGCGAACGGCACAGCGAAUGGGCACGGCGCGCGCACGCCCAAGCACCUCCGCAGCUCCAACAGCUUUAGCUCGUGUGCGUCUCUGCUGGAGGAGGAGGCCGAGGAAGGGCCCGAGGUUGUAGCGAUGAGCCUCGACGAGGUGAUCAACGGCCGCGAGGGUUUCCCUGGCCUUAUGGGCGUCGUCAACGCCUACUUGAACAGCAUUAACACGGACAUUGCCACCAAGUGCAAGAUCCGCACAUACCUCGACCUCAUUAAGAUGCGCGCCAAGGGCGAGCUCAUCACGCCCGCGGCGUGGAUCCGCAACUUCUUUACCUCCCACCCCGAGUACAAGGGCGACUCGAUGGUCACCGACGGCAUGCAGGCCGACCUUGUGGCGGCUGUCGACGCGCUCGAGAAGGGCGAGCUGGCCGCGCCCGAGCUGCUGGGCAAGGACUAUGUCGGCUCUGGCCGCGAGUGUUUCUGAGCGCGCCGUGCAAGAAGCACCUAGGUCUUCGUUCCAUGACGGGUUAGACUGCGGACUGUGGCGGCGCUACAACUGCGCAAUGUCCGUCCGUCGAUGUACAACUAUUGUAGUUUUGGGUGGCAUGCUAUUACCUACGCACACAUCUGUGCGGUUGA